CAUUUGUGAUUAUGUGCUUGUCAGCUUAGGUUUGAAGCAUAUUUUGACCGUUUAGAACAGGAAAGCACUUCAAGUGGAGAUUUGUGACAAUAUGGGUAUUGACAACAUUGACAUCAUCUGCCAAAGAGAUCCUCCAGUUUUUCGAGGAGGUGAUAUCAUUCUAGGAAAUGUGGUGGUCUCCAUUUCCGGAAGCCCCGUCAAGGUUCGAUGUAUAUCUAUCAAGUUCAAAGGCAAGGCCAAGGUUUACUUCACAAUUACUACGGGAGCUGGCUCAUCUCGAAACAGCACCACUUAUAGGAACCAAGAGGAGUACUACAAGCAAUCGACCAAUUUGGUUGGAGAUGGUACUAAUAUUAUUGACUUGGAUCCUGGCACUCACACUUAUCCCUUUAGCUACACUCUGGAGAGGGACCUUCCCUUUUCAUUUGAAUCGAAUUAUAGGAACAAAGUGGUCCAUUCCAUCCAAGUAAAUGUGGACUUGUCUUCGUCCUUUGACAAAAAAGAGAAGAAAUAUUUCACGGUCUUGCACGACUUGGACUUGAACCAAGAACCCCAUUUAGCAAGUUCAGCCAAUAAACAGGAGUCCAAGAAAUUGACCUUGCCCUUUUCAAGGAACAAGACCAUUACGGGAUCGGUAACGAUCCCUAGAACAGGUUUUGUUCCAGGCGACCAAAUCCAGGCUCAAAUUCAGAUCGAAAAUCGGUCCUCGGUCAAGGUGUCCAAAAGUAGUGUGACUUUGCUUCAGAUUGUGGAACUGAUUGGGAGGCACGGAUAUCGAUUGAAAUCCAAGACAAUUAAUACCACUUUGGCAACCACUGAAGGCAGAUCUGUGGCCUCUGAAGAUGUGGUUGGUUGGACCACGGAUCCCAUGACCAUCCCCACGGUCCCACCGUCCGGAAUACCCAAAUGCGACUUCAUCAAGAUCCAUUAUUUUGUUCGACUGGAUGUUACACCUUCCGGACUCCAUCGUCAUUUGCUUGUCGAUCAUCCCAUUUGCAUAGGAACUAUACCCUUCAAUGACCAAGAACAUUCGACAGCCUUUCAUUCCACCUUUGGACCAAGACUAUGGGAAUCCCCCUUUCAAGAAGAACAUCAAUGACGUGAUCUAAAUCGAAACACUUAAUUAUUCUUGAAAAAAGACAUCUUACUUAAUUUAGACUAAAACCAAGCGUGUUUCACAUGUCUUAAGCAUUAUAUAUUGUACAAUACAUGCCAUUGCCUAUGA